GUUUUUUAUUUUGGUUGGUGGAUGUCAAUUUGCUAAUUUGAGGUUAUGUAAAAUUUGUAAAAGUGUUAAAAUAAAUUUUAUUAGAAUUAUGUUAUCGAUCAAAUAAUAAGCUUCAAAAUUUAGACAUUAGAUAAUGUUUUGAAAAUUAUUUUUCUUCAACAAAUUUUUCCUUGAAAGGUGUGUAAAUUAAUUUCACAUUGCAAAAUGUUUCGGCAGUUCAUCCGUGCGCUAGAACCGGUGAAGAAAAGAUUGUCCCGUGCGGUGGCCGGUUCCAGCGGAGGCGAGGCGGGCGGCGGUACCGCGUUUGAUCGCAACCGCGCAACCAAGGAACAGCAGUUGUCCGACACGCUGAAGCGCUCCAUGCCCGGCAUCACGUACUUGAGCGUGCAGGAUAUCUCAGGGGGCUGCGGUGCCAUGUUUGAGGUCAGCGUUGAAGCUAAAGAAUUUGUAGGUCUGUCUACUGUGAAACAACAUCGUCUUGUUACUGAUACAUUGAAGAGUGAAAUUGCAGAGAUGCAUGGAAUCCGUAUCCACACCACUCCAACACCAAAGGAAGAAAAAUGAUGAUUUAAGUAGAAACAAAUUGUAAAUA